AUGGUGUGCCUGGCACUCUUAGGGCUUCAGCUGCCCACGCUGGCCUUCGGCACGGAGCGGUGCGGAGGAUCCCUGUACAUCUUCUGGGACCGAUCCUGUGGCCAGGAGGAAGGCACCCUUCCCAGGUGGAUCCUUUCCCCAGAGAGACCCGAUCCUACAAGGCUCCGGAACCUGAUCGAGGACGAGGAAGGAUGCCAUGUUUGGGCCGCUUGGGCGACGGAGGAGGAGGCCAUCGCUGGUGUCCACAGCUGGUCGGGCUGGGAUCCUUGCUGCACCUCUCGGGCCGGUAGAAAUUUCUCGGCAAGGAUCGUGGGCUUCGAGAACGACAGCAUUCAGGUGUCCGGACUUUGUGAUACUGACGGUGGCAUAAGGCUUGCGAAUCGAGAGUUCCGAUCGGAGGGCGCUACGGCCUCUGGUCGAUACUGGUACUCAAGCGAGUGUUCCGACAAGGAUUGCUACUACGAAGUGCAAGUCCCAAAAGACUUCGAAGCUCAUGCUCCGGCGGCCGAGGAGGCAGAGCCGCGAUAUCAAGAAGAGGAAGUCGGAGGCACAGAUGACCUGCUUGUCACCGCGCAUCUCAUUUCCGGUGCAGCCCUCCUAGCUCUGGGCAUGCUGCAAGUCCUGCUUGCCUGUGGGCGCCUUCAAAAGCGAAAGCGCAGACUACUACUGCGGCCUGGGGACGCGGAAGUGCUGUGGCCUUGGCGACGUGGAGCUGGCAGCGAUUGGCACCGAUCCGUACCGCAAAGUGCCUGGUGUGUGACGCUUGAAGACCUUUGCCAGUUUCGCCGCCUCGUGAUGCAUGCAGUUGAGACAGGAAAGAUUCAACCACAUGAUCGUGAUAUGUUUGACCCCUCCGACUUGUCCAUAGGACCCAAUGUGCACACAGUCACCGAUCAGUUCAUUAAGCCCGUGACAGCUCGCGCUGGCAACAUGAGCUGGGCUCUUCUUAAAAACCCCGCUGGUGUGAGCUGCGAUGUCUUCGUGACACACUGCUGGGCAGAGGGAAUUUAUGAGUUCAUCGACAGAGUAGAGCACUCUUGGCCUCGAGGAGCACGUGCCGCAUAUGUCUGCUUCUUGUCCAACCCGCAAAACCUGGACAUUGCCGGCCUAAUCGCAAGUCCUCGUGAAUCACCUUUUGCACUCGCCUUGCAGGCAGCUCCUAUCAUGUUGGUUCUGCCGAACCACAGCCUUAGCAUUUACACGCGCCUCUGGUGCUGUUACGAGGCUUUCCUAGCCUGUUCCUGGCGAAAGACCAUUAGGGUUGCGAAGCGGCAUCAUGACGGACUUUGGUGGUGCAUGCUCCGACUUGGAGGCUUGUACGUUGCAGCUGCCGGGGCGAUGUGUUUCUUACCAAUCAGGGUCGACAUGGCCAUCAUCGGACAGCUUCACACGAUUCUGUCGGUUGCUGCAGGCAUCUUCUAUGUCCUGGCCGCUGCAUUUGUGCAAAAAGGGAUCUUUGGGACGCUGACCUUGACGUUCAACGCACUCACCGGCAUCUGCCUAAGCAUGGGCCUGCUGGGCGGAUACAUUGAGGCCGUGGGUCUGCAGCGUGAAAUGCUCUAUUCCGGGCAAGAUCUGGGGCGCCUCUUGAGCUGGCUGUGUGGGCUUAUCAUCACCUGCUGCCUGGAGUUUGACCGCAUCAUGGCCUCGGAUGCGUCGCUUCGCAGCAAGCUCCUGCGAAAAGACUUCUCCGGCAGGCUGCUGGAUGCGAGGUGCUCAUCUGAGUCCGACAGAGAGAGCAUCCUCGAAGAGUUGUCGCAGAGCGGCAAGGCGAAGGAGGUCGAAGAGGCUGUAAAGUUCCUCUUGCAAAUGAACCUCAUGACGCCGGAGCUGCAACGCACCACCGCUUUGACUGGCGCGCUGGGGGAUGUCUCCCUAUUCAAAAGCUCUUGGGUUGCUGUGGGCGUCAUGCUCUGGGUGGCACUCCCCAUCCAGACUUUGACAACUCCCGGCACGACCCCGCUGCAGCAAGUUCCUGCUGCCGCGAUGCUGGUUCAGGGAUGCCUCUGGCUAGCAUUCUUCCCACGCCUGAGCGAUGAACGGAAGACCUUUGCCUCCGUCACCCUGAAUUUCUGGGAACUGCUCGGUGAAUGUAUCCUGGUAGUCUUUCUGAUCGAAGGCGCUGCUCAUGUCGACUGGUAUCUGAUUCCAGGCGCCCUCAUCGUGAGCCCUUUGUGCCUGUCCCUGUCGAUUGCCGGGCCGUCCCGCGUUGCACGAAUUCCCACCCUGGGAGUUCCGGUGGUGCGGUUUUUCCUCGGCCAGAAGCAUCGUCAUCCCUGCCCUGGACGGCGAAGCCGUCUUGAGGCCUCCCAAAGCCCUCCGGAAGAUGUCCAGGACGCGACCGUGACCGUGGACAUCUGCUCAGAGGUGCCCACAGUGCCCACACCCCGAAAACCCAACUCUACAGCGACUCUGGGGUCGAAGUGUUCGGCAUCUUGA